CAUAAUUCAGCAUCGGUAGUUUGUGACAAUGAACAAAAAGGCCGCUUGGAUUGUGAUUGUCUCUGCUAUAGCAGUGUUCUCGAGUGGUGUGGAGGGCACAGCGAGGACAUGUUACUUCGGUCCCCCACCGAAACCUGAUCCUGAUAACCCAGAUCACUGGAUGAAGCAAGUCAUGCGAGAGACACGAGAGCGUUGCCCGGGAAAGGGGGCAUGUAGCCAAGCUGAGAGAGUCGAGUGUGCGAACCCGAGGCCGCUAGGGAUGGAGGAUGGGUCCAUCCCCGACGCAAACAUCUCGGCGUCCAGUAUGUAUGGGGGCUGGCCUCCCCAGGCCGCACGCCUCAAUGGCGACAGAGCGUGGUCAGCAGCCGCGUAG